UUAUUCACUUGCAAGUCAAGGGUAUUUGGAUUGGAAUGUUGUUUGGGACACUAAUUCAAACUAUAAUCCUAAUUAUAAUCACCUACAAAACUAAUUGGGAUGAGCAGUGAGCCCCAAACUCCCUCCUCUAUUCUGAUCUUAAGAAGCCCCCAAAAAAAGGCUCGAAAAAUGGAGGGGAAUCUAAAGCAGAAGUUGCUGAGCAGAGAGAAAAUAUCAGAAGAAGAAGAGAAUUUAUCAUUGGUGAAGAGGGUGUGGGAAGAGAGCAAGGUGAUGUGGAUAGUGGCAGCACCAGCCAUAUUUACUAGGUUCACCACCUUUGGCCUCAGUGUUAUAAGCCAAGCAUUUAUUGGUCACAUUGGUUCAAAGGAACUCGCUGCUUAUGCUCUUGUAUUCACUGUCAUCAUACGCUUUGCCAAUGGUAUUCUGUUAGGAAUGUCAAGUGCGUUGUCAACACUUUGCGGACAAGCAUACGGUGCAAAAGAAUAUGACAUGAUGGGAGUGUAUCUUCAAAGAUCAUCGAUAGUUUUAUUCUUAACUGCACUCUGCCUUCUUCCGUUGUUCAUCUUCACAAGCCCAAUUUUGACUCUCUUAGGCCAAGAUGAGAGCAUAGCACGAGUGGCAAGAAACGUUUCUCUUUGGUCAAUUCCAAUCUUAUUUGCUUAUAUUGUGUCAUUCAACUGUCAGACAUUCCUUCAAUCUCAAAGCAAGAAUGUCAUAAUUGCAUUCUUGGCAACAUUAUCAAUAAUCAUUCAUGUGUCCCUCUCUUGGCUAUUCACAAUACAAUUCAAGUAUGGGAUUCCUGGUGCAAUGAUUUCAACAAUUUUGGCAUAUUGGAUUCCCAAUGUUGGUCAACUAAUAUUUAUUACAUGCGGUUGGUGCCCUGAAACAUGGAAAGGUUUCUCUUCUUUAGCAUUCAAAGAUCUUUGGCCUGUUGUCAAGCUUUCCCUUUCAGCUGGUGCCAUGUUAUGUCUUGAGCUCUGGUACAACACAAUAUUGAUUCUUUUGACUGGUAAUAUGAAAAACGCUGAGGUUCAAAUUGAUGCUCUAUCCAUAUGUAUUAACAUCAAUGGAUGGGAAAUGAUGAUAGCAUUUGGUUUCAUGGCUGCAGCAAGUGUUCGAGUGGCAAAUGAACUUGGAAGAGGAAGCUCAAAAGAUGCAAAGUUCUCUAUAGUUGUGACAGUGCUUACAUCCUUUUCAAUUGGUUUUAUUUUAUUUGUUCUUUUCUUAUUUUUAAGAGAAAAAGUAGCUUAUCUCUUUACUUCAAACGAAGAUGUGGCUACUGCUGUGGGGGAUUUGUCACCUUUGUUAGCAGUUUCUUUGUUACUAAACAGUAUUCAACCUGUACUCUCAGGGGUGGCUGUUGGAGCAGGGUGGCAAAGCAUUGUAGCAUAUGUGAACAUAGGGUGUUAUUACCUCAUAGGUAUUCCAGUUGGAAUAGUGCUUGGUAACAUUAUUCACUUGCAAGUCAAGGGUAUUUGGAUUGGAAUGUUGUUUGGGACACUGAUUCAAACAAUAGUCCUAACUAUAAUCACCUACAAAACUAAUUGGGAUGAGCAGGUAAUUAUAGCCCGUAAUCGUAUUAGUAAGUGGUCUAAGGUGGACCUUGACCGUGAAACAGUUACAUCAGAUAAUUAGUUUCAGACUCUAAUCUAUAUCGUCCUUAUUUGUUUAGCCGGUGUUAUAUAGCCAAGAGAUUGCUUGAUAGGUAUUUGAAUAAACUAUCAAUGUAGUCUCCCAAAUAGUCCUUAAAUUAAUUAAAUUAUAAAUUAUACAAGUAGUUCUUAAAGUAUUGAAUGUUCCUUAAGUUAGUCUCUGGAUUGAUAUAUUUUACUAGCAUUGAGAGACUAAUUUGAAGAAUUUUUCAAUACUUGAGAAACUAUGUAGCAUGAUUUGUAAUACUUUAAAGACUAAUAUAGUUUAAUUAGUAUUUUAGGAUAAAUGGUAUAAUACUUCCCGGAUAAUUGUUAGUCUUAUUCAAAGGUGUAAAACUAUGUAGCAUGAUUUGUAAUACUUUAUAGACUAAUAUAGUUUAAUUAGUUUAAGAAGUACUUUAGGAUAAAUGAUAUAAUACUUCCCGGAUAAUUUUUAGUCUUAUUCAAAGAA